ACCAACGCCACCAGACGCUGCCAGCACACCUUUCUUGCAUCCACAUGAUCAACAAUUUGCCGAGAAAUUGUGUGGCCACUGCUUGAUACAGAAAGAAUCUUCUUCAAGCUUGUACUGUCUGCAGCGGAGCUUGCCGAGUAACGUGAUUGUCUGCUCUGCUGUCCUUGUCACAGUACCCACGCCGCCUGUGUAAAGGUCUUUCUCAGGACACACAGUUUCUAUCAAUUUUCCGCAUCUUCUUCUCAUUUCUUGUCUCAUGAGAACAAUGGGCCAGAUAAACAAAGAUCAGCUUCGUGGUCUCAACCUCCAGCAGGAUGACAACCGCCCGGAUUACUGCAAUGAGGCUGUCUUCCGCCGCAACUGCCUGCCUGCCAGGUCAUAUCACAUUCCCAAGACUUCCAUCCUCCUCAAUGGCUCAUGGGAUUUCCAUAUGGCCUCAACGCCAACCGAAGCACCAUUGGUUGAGGGUGCGGGCUCUGUAUCUUGGGGUAAAUUGAAUGUGCCUGGCCAUUGGCAGCUCCAAGGACACAGCAAGCCGUGGUACACUAAUGUUCAAUAUCCUAUUCCCGUCUGCCCACCACUGGUGCCGACCGAAAACCCUACUGGCACAUAUAAAAGAUCAUUUUCUGUGCCUCCUGAGUGGCCAAAGGACUCCCAGCUAAGACUUCGCUUUGACGGCGUUGACAGCGCAUACCAUGUUUGGGUCAAUGGCAUCCUCAUAGGCUACGCGCAAGGCUCUAGAAAUGCUUCAGAGUUCGACGUUACCGAUGUCUUAACCCGAGAUGGAAGUGACAACCAAGUCUUUGUCAGAGUCUAUCAGUGGUCUGAUGGCACUUACAUUGAAGACCAAGAUCAAUGGUGGCUGUCCGGCAUCUUUCGAGACAUCCAUCUCAUUGCGAUGCCGUCGCACAACCGCAUAGAGGACUGGUUUUUGACGACAGAUCUGGAUCGAAGCUAUGAAAAUGGCGUGCUCCAUGCAAAGAUCAACAUUCUCUCCAAAGGUACCAGCAAGCUCACAGUAACCUUGACUGAGCUUUCAAACAAGGGCGGAGCCCAAUUGGGCACUGCGUCAGCUACUGUCAGUGAGGGCAAGACAGAUAAUGAUCUUACUAUUGCUGUCAACACUCCUACAAAAUGGACUGCAGAAACUCCGUAUCUCUACAAUGUUCAUAUCAAGCUCGAAUCUGGGGACGACGAACACACGGUUGAGCAGCGCAUUGGCUUCCGCAAGGUGGAACUCAUCGACGGUCAUAUGACGGUCAACGGAACCAUUAUCCGACUCCAGGGAGUAAAUCGCCACGAGCACCAUCCUCAUUUUGGCCGUGCGGUGCCUCUCGAGUUUGCCAAACGUGAUCUGUUGAUCAUGAAGCAGCACAAUAUCAAUGCCCUCCGUCUCUGCCAUCAGCCUCCGGAUCCUCGACUGUUGGAUCUUUGUGACGAACUGGGUCUUUGGGUUAUGGGCGAAGCAGAUUUGGAAUGUCACGGAUUUUAUGAUGCUGUUGCUCGACCACUCGACAUCCCCGAGGAGAUGGACUACGAAAAGCGAAAAGAGUUGGCCUUUGGCAAGGCCGCACAGUUCACCAGCGAUAACCCUGCAUGGACUGCUGCCUAUUUAGACAGAUUCCAAUCUCUUGUACAGAGAGACAAGAACCAUACCAGUAUUAUUAUGUGGAGUUACGGUAACGAGGCUUUCUUUGGUCGAAACUUCAAGCCAAUGCAAGACUACGCCAAACGAGUUGACCCCGGUCGUCUCUUACACUACGAGGGCGAUCCCCAAGCAGAAACAACCGACAUGUAUAGCUACAUGUACGCAUCUCCAGCAAGACUAUUGCGCCAUGCUGAAGAAACUGGUGUGGUUGACGGCAAAUACAAAAAGCCCAUUAUUCUCUGCGAGUAUGCCCACGCCAUGGGUAACGGUCCGGGGCUGUUGGAGGACUAUGAGGAAGCAUUCCGCAGCAACACCCGCCUUCAAGGUGGCUUUAUCUGGGAAUGGGCCAACCAUGGUCUCUGGACCGAGAAGAAUGGCCAAGGCUUCUACGCAUUUGGUGGUGAUUUCGGCGACCACCCCAACGACGGGACAUUUGUAAUGGAUGGCUUACUCAACAGUCGCCAUGAUCCUACUCCAGGGCUUAUCGAAUACAAGAAGGUAAUUGAGCCCGUUAAGCUUCGUGUUGACUGCGGCAACGUGACCAUCGAAAACCACUACAACUUUUUGAACUUGAGCCACCUAACGGCUAUAUAUUCCAUUGAAGCAUUCGGACAAAAUGAAUCUACUCUACUUGCAGCAGGUGACCUGGAGUUACCCAACAUCAAACCUGGUCAUGAUGCUACCGUGCCGUUGCCCAAGUACAAUACUUCAACGAAGGAGGACGCCGACAUUUACAUCACCAUCACCUUGCGUCUACGUCAUCAAGAAUCAUGGGCUGAUGCUAACCACGAGAUUGCCUGGUGUCAACACAAGCUGGCGAGCGUCAAAGUAGCAUGCACCCAAAACACCACCUCCCGUGCCGAGCUGAACGUGACAGAUUCUCAGUGUUCCGCCAUUAUCCAAGGUAGUGGAUUCCAAUUCACUUUCAAUAAAGCACGAGGUCUCCUCACCAGUUGGAAACGUGGCGACGAGGAGAUUCUAGAUAUAGACUCUACAACCGGUGGCGCGCUGAUUGUCUCUAGCUGGAGACCGACAACUGACAAUGAUGCCCCAGUAUCACUGCCCUACUGGCAUAGGUUUGGAGUAGAUCAGCUUACCUCGCAACUACGAUCUCUGAAGACCGGCACUUCUAACGAAGGUGAUUUUGUUCUUACUACAAAGAGCUUCCUUACACCACCCGUGCUAGCAUGGGGAUGGGAAUGCGACAUGGUAUACACAAUCUCCAGCACAGGAGUUCUGUCAAUCCGUGUUGAAUCACUCAAACCAACAGGAACAGUUCCUGAGCAUGUGCCACGCAUUGGACUCAAUCUUCGACUACGAAAGGUGUUCAAUCGAAUCAAAUGGUACGGCCGCGGUCCAGGCGAAACUUAUCCCGACUCGAAAUCUUCUCAGCGUAUCGGUGUUUGGUCUGCCGAGUCUCUCGAUGACCUGCAUACUCCGUAUGAUGUCCCCCAGGAGAAUGGCAAUCGUAUGGACUCGAAAUGGCUCAAGAUCGUGUCGGAACAGCAGCAGGCAUCAGGUAUCCGCAUGCGACGAGUCGCCAUAGACGAUCAAGACGACGAUGCGUUCAGUUUUGCAGUAUCCAAGUAUAGCCCGGCAACUAUUCAAGAUGCCAAGCAUCCUUUUGAUCUUCAAGACGAUAAUGUCACGUUUGUCAGAUUGGAUGCAAAGGUAGCCGGCCUCGGCACCCAAUCCUGCGGACCGCCCGUCGCUGAUGAUAAGUUGGUCAAAUGUGAAGAGGUGCAGUUUGCCUUUGAGCUCCAGCAUAUUUGAGCCAUCAACAAUCACACUACUAUAUUAUUGCAAUAUAAAUGAAUAUACAAUACAAACCUAUAGAGCAAGACCACUAGGCGCUGCCAAAGUGCCUGUUUGUCACCACCGCAACACAAGCCCAACGUAGAAGUCUACCUGCGUCCUCUGAAACAUGCAUCGGAAAUAGCACGAACAUCUGCAUUUCAUCGUGAUCACAUGGAAUACAAAUUCUUUUCGUCCCCGCGUCACCAAAAUUACUGCGCCGGCUACCACAUACCUUGGUGGCCCGCUACGGGAGCCCAGACACUCGCAAUGCGACGACCUACCCCCCACCUCGGCGAACUGAUUCACUCCUAUCUGCACAAAGUUGACAGCUUCCUGUUCUGGAACAAAAGACGCGAGAAGUCUCUCUCUCAGUGUGAUUAGUGACAUAUACCAUGACCCAUUCUCGGCCGACGACGCAUGCUAUAGUGGUGAUGGUGAAAGUCCAAGGCCUUGGCACGCCCACUGUCCACUAUAGUUCUGAGUUUCUGCAGUUGGCCAAGGAAAACUUCGUCCUAUGCUUCGUCUGGAACUGUCUUAGCUUUUCCAUCGGUAAAUUUCGUUUACGGUAGCUCGAAUCGGGCAUGGAGAAAAAUGUCUCGAUGUAAAUUCUCCGGACGGCGGGCAGUCCCGCACGCGAUCUACGAGCGUCUUCAGCAGGGAUAGGGCAUCUCAGUCAGUACUACACGACCCGAACACUCGGUUAAAUGCGAUACAAUUGGUAAUGGGAUGCAUAUUCGGCUCUCUGAUGGCUGCAUCAGAGAGGCAAGAGGCGCUCUUCAACGCAAUAUAAUGCAAGGAAGGACACUGCCUCGAAAAACAAACUGAUGGAACUGAGUCUAGCCCACCGCCUAAUUGCCCUGCAUAACGAUCCUCACAGCUGCGAUUAAAAGAUUUGCUGCGGUUUUCACGAUUUGCGAACCUAAGUGGAAUGCUUGGGUCAUGUUUCCCGCUAGUGCUGAGAAACCAAGAGCUGAGAAUCGCAACACAAAGCUCUUCUAGUGGUGUCCUACUUACAGGCAGAGUUCCUUUUGUGCAUACGACCGGCAUUUUCACGCCUCGUGAGCGUCUGUUGAGCUCCACACACACACGUACUCAAGGAGGACGAGGUCGAUGGCUGUCCGGCAUCAAACUAUGAGGUUGGACAUCCUGGUGCGCCAACGGAGCAUCCAACAUGCACAAGAAGCAACUUCAGAUAGGCCUAAUGCAGUGCACAGGCCUAUUUGAGCGGGCUUGCCACCCUCAUCACCUUCUUCUUGGGUGUGCACUACCCGAGUCGGCGGUCGCCAAACGUCCUAGUGUGUGGGCAAACUGAGACAUGACGGGCAUUCCAGAUGAAGAAAGACAGCUGCGCCUGACACGCCUCUCACGCCCCCCUACGCGGCCAGCCUCACACCUUCAGUCUGUCUUACAUUUAGGAGGGGAGUGGAACCUGGUAGAACAAGAUGGAUGAGCACCAAAGCCCAAAGCUGGCUAUCGGUCAACACCAACAGGUCCCGGCGCUGCUGACCCGUGCGCCCGGGAGGUGGCAACGUCGGGUUCUUUGCCUCCCUAGUGGCUACAGCUUUCUUUUUCAGAUGCAUCGGAAACUUAUAUGGCAUGUCCAGAGGCGGGAUUGGCGCUCGAAAGAGGGGAAGCUUGCUGCAAGGCUCGUCCUGAGGGAGGUGUUGACCUGCGUGUUGCGUGCCAAACACCGGGUUGUCACGGACCUGUAGGCUGUUGUUUUCCCCCAGCAUGACAUGUUUUCUCGCAAGCCAUAAUCAAGGGAUAGCACUUGAUCAACGCCUUUCUUCACAGAGAACCCAUGCACACUGACGAUGACGAUGGGCAGCAGCUGGGACAUAUGUGCAUGAAAAGCCGUUGUCGUCUUAGUGAUAUCUAGAUAGCAACGUGGGUGUUUUAUUCAGAUAUAUUUAUCGCGUUUCGCAGGCAGUCUUAGACAGCAGUGUCUAUUUUAGAAAACCAAAAUGCAGACAGACGCUGCUUAAGCGUCGGCGCUGGCUCCUGUCUCACCGGAAAUAGAGCUUGACCCGAACCAACAUGUGCAAAAUAUUCCGAGAAACACGGGUUACCGCUAAGCCUUGGAAGGUGGUUUAGCCCAAGCUGGUCUUGGAUUCUGCCACUGUCUGCUGGUAUGUUGACGUCCAGUUGGUGUCGUGUCGUGCAAACCGUAGCCGCUGUGGAAUGUGCUGACUCGGAUAAUCCGGUGCCCGACUCUCUCCUCGUAAGGCCGACGGUUUGUCGAAAUUGCCUUGCAACGAUAGUCUGGUCCACAAAACAUAUAACCAAAAAAAAAGUUUUCAAAAUGUGACAGAAUUUACCAUUCAGUGACAGUUGGAGGUUGUUUGCUCUCCGUAAAAGAUCGGGCGCGGGUGACACUGUUAGGUUGGGUCCAAAGCCGCCGACGGUGAGGAAGCGCGAAUAAGGCCGACUCAACCUGGACAUAAUGCUAAAACUCAAAAUAUAUGGCAAUGAUGGGGGAUAUCCCGGCACGUCAACUACAGCGUAGCAUUGCAUUUUCUUCUUUCCGGGGUUCCUGAACCCAUCACAUCAUCGAACGGGCUACCUGCGUUUGGCCAAUCAAAUUACAUCGUUGAGGUGCAAAGUGCGUGUUCGUCACAGUUUGCCGGCGUGAUGUGACAGCCAAUUUGUGAUUCCACAAUCGGUCGCCUCACCGGAAACUCGAGCUAAAUUAGCAGGGGUAGCCUUGUAAGUGACAAUGUUUGGUGCUGCCAUUGGUCCCCCGCGCAUCUCGCCCGCCGAUGAUCUUUUCAGUAUUAGGACAUUUACGGUGGCCAGAACCAAAUCGAUGCCGGUCAUAUUAUCGCUUCGCAUAACCCUGUACAUUAUCAACUCGGGCAGAUGCGGGCCCAGGCUAUCGGUUUCAAGCUAAGCUGGUAUAGGAUGCCAAGGCGCUCGUGUUGUGUGACAUCGGCAUCGCGUUUUGGCAUCAAGAAAGUGUUUGAGGGAUAUUAUAUGCCAAUCAAGGCAAUAUACGUUAGUUUAAUAUCGCAC